ACGUGCGUUGGCGUCGCAGCUGGCGCCGGCAGCGACAGCGACAGCGACGUUGACGUUGACGUGACGCUUUUGCUCGCGUGCAGCGCGCGCUUUGGUUUCAGUUCGUUUUCGUACGUUGUCCACGCCGAACGCAAACGGUCAGCGCCCACACAAGCAGAACAAGACACAGUCAGACGACGUCCAGUUGAGCACACGCACGCACACACACACGUGUACUGGCAUUAGCAUUGCCUGAGCAAAGCUCUCUGCUGGCGUAACGCAUUCUUGUUUGUUGUGUUGUCGUGUCUUGUGCUUCAAAAAAAAAAAACAGUUAAAAACCUAACACACACACACACGCACGCACACGAUUUUCGAAUUCGAAUCGAAUUGGAUUAGCAGAGGUGAAACAUUUUGGACUUGAUCGAAUAUUGUUUAUAUUGUGUGUUUGUGUGUGCUUUUUUUUUGCUGUGUGUGCCGCACAUGUGCGACAGUGUGUGUGUGUUUGCAUGUACGCGCUUAUGUGUGUGCUGCUUUUUUUUUGUGUUCCUCUUUACGUGUGAGCUAUGAUAACCGUUAGCUGAACAAGUGCAAUAAACCGUUAUAAAAGGCAAACUCUGCACGCUUCGAACGCUUCCUCUUACCGACGGCAAAAUGCAAGCAACCAAAAUGCGAACACCCUUUGCCAUACAGGAGAUCCUCGGCCUCGGCGUCGGCGUCGGUGCCUAUCAACAGCAGCAGCAGCAGCAGCAGCAACAACAACAACAACAGCAGCAGCAACAAUCGUCGCAGGCAGCUGCCGCUGCCACGCCCAGCGCCAACGAGGCGCCACUUUCACCGGCCGCCACGCCCCCGCCGCGCAACGCCAACACGCCGCAACAGUCGGCGGUAAGCAGCAGCGCCCAAAACGCUGCCCAAGCGCUGGAGCAGCAGCAGACGAGCUCGCGCGACUCGCGCUCCAUUUCGCCGGACGUGACACGUUUGUCGGCGGCCGCUGCCGCCGCCGCUGCGGCUGCUGCCGCCCACUGCCAGCUGCCCGUCUUCAAUCCGGCGAAUUUCUAUGCAGCCGCCGGCUAUGCCGCUGCCGCCGACCCGGCCAACGCAGCGGCCGCCCAUCAUCAUCAUAUGACGACGCUGGCGGCGGCCGCCUAUUUGCGCGGCUUUCUGCCGCCCGGCUUUAGCACGCCCCACGAGUUCCGCGGCCACUUUCAGCAGCAUUUCGGCGCCCAGUUUGCAGAACAAGCGGCCGCACGUGGCCAGGACUAUGCCAGCAGCUUGGCCAAUGCCAGCGGCGAUGAGCAGUCGCCCAGCAAAUCUGGCGCCGCGGCUCUGGACACUGGCGCCUCACUGCUCGGCUCACCCACGGCCCUCAGCAAUGGGCAAGCGGGCGGCUCCGCCAACGGCGCCAGCAGCAAUGGCCACAACAGCAACGGCAAUAACAACAACAGCGCGAGUUCCGGUUCCGGCUCUGGGUCUGGCUCCGGCUCUGGUUCCACGGCCAGCCGCUGCUCGCCCUCGGCCGCCUCGUCCUCCUCCAACGCUGCCGCCGCCCUGGCCCACGUGCAGCAGCAGCAGCAGCAGCAGCAGCAACAGCAUCAGCAGGGCGGCCAGCCGGCGACGGCCCAUCAUCAUGCCGCUCUGGCGGCACAUCAGCAUGCUGCGGCAGCGGCAGCGGCGGCACAUCAUCAUGCCGCUGCCGCGGCGGCCGCCCAUCAUGCACACCACGCCCAUGCCGCACAUCAUGGGCAUGGGCAUGGGCAUGGGCAUGUCCACGGACAUGUGCAUCAUGCGCACGAGGCGGCAUUUUUGAGCGCCGGCGCUGGCGGCGCUGCCAAUCCGAAUGGGCUGCUGGCCGGCCAUGGCGUCGAUGUGCUCGUCGGCCCCGGUGGCGCCGGUCCCGGCGGCAAGAAGAAGAACAAGCGCCGGCACGGACGAACCAUAUUCACCAGCAGCCAGCUAGAGGAGCUGGAGAAGGCCUUCAAGGAGGCCCACUAUCCGGAUGUCAGUGCCCGGGAGCUGCUCUCCAUGAAGACGGGCCUCGCCGAGGAUCGCAUACAGGUCUGGUAUCAGAAUCGACGCGCGAAGUGGCGCAAGACGGAGAAGUGCUGGGGCCACAGCACCAAGAUGGCCGAGUACGGGCUGUACGGGGCGAUGGUGAGGCACUCGCUGCCGCUGCCGGAGACAAUCAUCAAGUCGGCCAAGGAGGACGAGUCCGUGGCGCCCUGGCUGCUGGGCAUGCACAAGAAGUCGCUGGAGGCCGCCGAGCUGCUGAAGAGCGACGAGAGCGACAGGGAGACGCCCACCUCGGACGACACGAACACCUCGUACUCGGCGGGCAGCACGCACAACUCGCCCAUCUCCAGUUUCUCGAUAUCGCGUCUGCUGUUCGACGCGCCGCCGCCGCCGCCCAGCGCGGCCGGCGGCAAGCAGAGCAAGCAUGCGGCCCACGCCCAUGCGGCACACGCCCAUGCGGCACAUGCCCAUGCCCACAUUGCUGCCGCGAAUGCGGCCGCUGCAGCCGCCGCUGCGGCGCAUCAUCAUCAUGGCGAUGCCGCUGCCGCAGCCGCUGCUGCGGCGGCCAUGCACGCGGGCAUGCAUCAUCAUCAUCACCAUCAUCAUCACGGCGCGCAUCCGACGGGGCAGCAGCAGCAGCAGCAGCAGACGGGCCAGCAGCAUCAUCCGUACAACCAGCAGCAGCACCUGCACCACCUGCAGCAGCUCCAGCAGCAGCAGCAACAACAACAGCAGCAACAGCAGCAGCAUCUGGCCGAGCAGCAGGCAGCGGCGGCGGCGGCGGCAGAGCGACGCCAGCAGCAACAGCAGCAGCAGCAGCAGCAGGCAGCGGCGGUGCAGCAUGCGAUGCACAUGCACCACCAUGGCACCGCCGGCUAUGCCGAGGCAGCUGUUGCCGCUGCCGCUGCCGCCGCGGCGGUUGCAGCGCGCAAUGCCGCUGCCGCUGUGGCCGCCGCGGCCGCUGUUUCCGUUGCCGAAUCCGAGCCGGAGGAGGAGCCCGACGAGGACGAGGACAUGGAGAAGGAUUGCGAUGCCGAUGCCGAUGCCGAUGUUGAUGCGGAUGCGGAUGUGGACGGCGAUGCGGAUGCCGAUGGCGACAUUGACAUCUGUGACGACGAGGACGAGGCGCUGUCCCAUCAGCAGCUCCUGCUCAAGGUCAAGCAGGAGCACCUCGCCGCAGGAGGCGGCAGCGGCAGCGGCGGGGGCGGGGGCGGGCACGAAGGCGGCAGCAGAUGAAACAUGUACAUCGAUGUGUUGUUCUAGGCGAGCCAACGCCAAGGCUGGACACACAAAU